CCUAGCCUAAACCGGGCGUUUACGAGGGAGUGUAGUAUGGGUACGAAACAUACGUUGACAUCACCACAAUUUUAACAACUUAUUCCGCCAAAAAUGAAUACCGGCGAGGAUGAAGAUACACGUCUGGACGAUAUCUUCGACGACACCCGGGAUUACUCGCCUCCGUCACCCCGGCAAAGCAAGCGCAUGCGACUGGAUGAUGGCUGCAACAACAAUCUGAACAGUUCCCUGAAUAAUGGAGCUAAGAGUGGGGGGAAAUGGAAGUGUCCUGGGGACACGAGCAUCGUGGAGCCCGAGGUAAUGGUGGACCUGGGGGUUAGCAUGCUCGACGACGAGACCAGCUGUGACAGUAUGAAGAGGUCACAGUCACAGGAUUGUUCAGUAUCACCCAGUAGUUUGGUGUCCGCGAGGCACGCAGCUAUGAAUGAGAAUAUCCUCAUGAAUGAGAAGGAGAAUCUCUAUCGUGGGUCCAAGUUCGAAAAGGGAAAUCUCGACAGACUGGAGCAAGACCCCCACGCUCUAAUGGACGAUCCAACGAGCAUCUUGAAUUCCCUAGAAAACGAAUCGGGUUACGCAACGAGAGUCGAAGCUGAAUCUUCCGAUGAAAAGCUCGUCGGAAAUUUCAGCACAAGUACCUCGAACUCCGAUGUCAGUGGGCUUGACCAGUUUUACCUAUUCAGAAGGAGAAAGAGGGGCUCGUUCGUAGGGGAGGAUAAAUUCUCAAAGCUCUCUGACGAGAUGAUACUGAUGAUCCUCAAGUGGCUCCCCAAAAAGUGUCUAGUACGUUCGAUGCUCGUGUGCAAACGUUGGUGUCAAAUUGCCAGGGAUGAGGCCCUCUGGUCUCGACUCGAUCUCGGUGGUAAAGUGUUGAGUCAAGGAACACUGGGACACAUUUUACCACGUGGUGUGCAAAUACUGAGACUGGCACAGGCUGAACUCGCUGAUCCAGUAUUUUCCCCGGGUUCUGAAGUUCUCGGUGACGGCUAUAUGAGUAAACUACAGUAUUUAGAUCUUUCAAUGUCCGUUAUAUCUGCAGAUGGAUUGGCUGAGCUUCUUUGCAAGUGCAGGCUGCUGAAAAAAUUGUCUUUGGAGAAGUGUACGUUGAAUGGCGAGAGCUGCAGGGCUAUCAGCCAGAAUAGGGACAUCACGGUACUUAAUUUAACUAUGUGCGAGGGCAUUGAUGCGCAGUGUGUCAGACAUCUCAUCAAGUUGAGCAACUUGACCGCCUUGAACAUGUCCUGGUGCUCCCUAGACUCGGACUCCAUAACCCUCCUCUGUCGUUCCCUCCCCCGCAGCAUAACCAGACUGAACAUCUCAGGCUGCAGGAAAACGAUGACAGAUAAAAACGUCCGAGACCUCGUGGCGACCUGCCCAGACCUCGUGGAGCUGGACCUCAGUGACUGCACCCUCUUAACGAUACGUGCAAUCAACAGCUUCCUGACCCUUCACCAGCUGGAGCACCUGUCCCUGAGUCGUUGCUACGGAAUUCCCUUGUCAUCCUCAUACGCAAGACUCACUCACAUGCCUUCUCUACUGUACCUAGACAUCUUCGGGCUUAUGACAGACGCAGCACUCAAAUCAUUUCAGGCCAAUUGCAAUAGCACCGAGAUCAAUAAAUUCUUGUACAGCUCUGUUGCAAGACCCACUGUUGGAGUGCGAAGAACAAGUAUAUGGGGACUUCGUGUUAGGGACUAAAUUCUUUUUUUUUAUCGAAAAUCAUUCUCAGAGGCGUCUUCUGGCAUAAUUUAAUAUUCACACAGCAGUUCCUUGACAAAAUGAUUCAUUACACACAAUUGAGUCUCUUCAUUUGUUGACUAAUUCAGUAGGAAAGAGGUAAAACGGUUUAAGUCGAUUUUGAUUUUUCAUUGGAUAGUUUUCAUUUAAUAUCUUGGAAUUUAGGGGCGAUAGCACAAUUUUUGCCAUGACCUUUCUUGUAGCCCUCAAUGUGCUCUACAAAAAAGGUCAUUAUGAAAAUUUCGUUAUCUCCCUUAAAUUCGAAGAUAUUCCUCGAAAACUUGAGAACUUGAUAACGGUAUUUCCCUUGAAAGAUCUAAAUAAUGAGAAUAAUGGGAAAUUCACAUAGAAUGUUUGUAAUUACAGUUGAAUUAUCUGCGAAUUGUUCUAGAUUUUGUUCUCAAGUUAUUAACAAUCAACGUUUAUUAAUGGAGAAAUCUCGACAAAAGCCCAAGAAGAAAAGAUAAGAAGCGACUUUCAUUGUUGAUAUUUUGGAAACAAAAUCUUAAUUUCGAAUCAAUGUCAUGUUUCUUUUUCAUAGCUGAAACCUCCAGAUCUUGUCUACAGAAAUUGAAAUCCUCUCAGUCCAAUUAGACAAGAUAAAUAUUGAAUUCUACUAAAUUGAAAUGUAUCAAUCAAAUUAUACAUUGUGCAAUCUAAAUUCUCAAUUGUACAAUUCAAAAGGUAUAAUUUGAGCACUUGAACUAUUCAUGUCGAAUUUCACACAAUAAAUUAAACAUUUACAGCUUUGAAUUGUUCAAUGUGAAAUUCAGAUUGCACAAUGUUUAAUUGGAUUGUUAAAUCGUCUAACUCCAACGUAAGAAAACAAUUUCUGUGGAUAAUGUCUCAAUCCAAAACAUCACGUGUCAAACAAUGAAGUGACUCCACGUCGUUUUGUCCAGAAAAUGCCGUCUGCGUUAAACUACGCCUUCCUUCUUUAGACUGAAAAUUGAUGAUAAACUAAUGGAGAUUUAGCGUAUUGCAGGAACUUUUUUCGUUGUUGAAUAUGAAAAUUGGGUGAAAAAUGCGCUCCAUGUAUUUUUUAAUCUGAUAACUACAUCAAAGACAGGUUGUGAACAAUUUUUUAUCACUCUUUACAAUGGAAAAAACCGUAUCCCGUAUUCUCCAUUCAAUUCUCGUAUUCAAUAAUUUUAUCAAUAAAAUUUUCAUGCAACAACCCAAUUGUAAGUAAAUUAUUGCUGAGAGUGAUGAUAACAAUUUAGAUAUUACUGUCGUCAGAUAAAUGCCAGCAAUGUGUUCCACUUUUGAUAGACAACUAGGUUUUGAAUUUAUCGACUAGAUGUAUUAUCGCACUCCAUUCUGAAAAACUCAUCAUUGAACGAUCACUAAAUGGUUAUUAAAGGGGCUGUGGUUCAUUUUCUUUUUUCCUCGUCGAUCUCUAUCGCCAAACAUUACCGUACAUACAGUUAACAUUGAGGGGAAAAAGUGUAAAAAUAUUUUUAUUAAGAUUAUCAUGGGGAUGAGUUGGGUAAAAUGGACCCUUUUAAUUUACUCCAAAUGUCGAUAAUCCACUCAAUUCUCCUCUGUAACAGAAAAAUGUCAAAGGUGUUGAUUUACUCCACUCUCCCCUACACUUGGUGGUAAUUGUUGCAGUUAAGAUUUUGAUGAACGAUGGAGGUUUAUGAUUAAUGUAAUAAUUGUAAGUCGUGCCUUAACGUUUGAACAAUUAAAAUUUUUCCAUUAA